AUGGAUUACAACCUUGAGAACCAGCCAGAGAAAUCUUAAAAUGCUAAUAUGAUACUCAAGCUUAAUUUACAGAAUAGUGUGAUUUCUUAGAUGAAAAAAUACAUCCUUAUGGUAGGCUCCCAAAGAACUAUUGAGAGCAAGUUGUUGUCUGAUUUUAUUGGAAAGAAUGAAAUAAAUAAUAUUGUAACUCUAAAUAAACAUUAUUAUUUUAAAUUGUAAGGUUACAAAAGACUGGGGCUGGGUUCCAGUUAGAGAGAACUUGCAGUAGAUUGCAGAGAUUCAAAAGAUGAUGAUGGCAUUCUUUUAUAAAAAUAAUAAGAACAAAAAGUAUCUCACUUAAUUCAAUAAUGGUAGGAAUUAGAAGCUGAUAAUGAAGAAGUCUAUUUAAAUUUCUUCAUGGAAUAAUCCUAAAUAAUUGAAAUAUUAACUUAUGGAAUCUAGUUAUUCAAUUUCAUAGGAAUCUAAGUGAUUUCGUAUUGUUAAUUCAUUUUAUUAAUGAAAUACAAGUUUUUGUUAUUGGAAGCUCACAUGUUAUUUAAUUAUUUAAAGCACUAUCAAAAUUAUCUCCAACUACAUGCUAGAUUUUAAUAACGAUGUGGUAUUAAUAUAACUCAAAAAUUACCAACAAUAUUGAAUAAUUAAGAACUAUUAAAUAUUGCUAGGUAUAUGAUUUCAAACUGUUGA